AUGGCUCAACCCACUCGAGCUCAGAACAAUAAUGCACGGCCACUCAAUCCCGAAAAAUUAGCAAGCAAGAAAGCGAAGAGUAUGGUCCACCGAGAAUGCGUUGGAUGUUCAAAAACGGGUGCACUUUCGGAAAUGCGCUUCAUGGAAUGUGUUCAGUGCAAGUCAAUCUAUUGUUCUGCAGAGUGCCAAAGGCAGCAUUGGCCAAUUCACAAGGCGUCUUGCGUUCACCCCUCGCGCGCUGAGGCUUCCCAGCGCAAAGCGCUAGCCUACCUCAUUUCUAAUCCCAUCCUCUCUCAACAUAUUAAAAUCUUAACGAUUCUGCAUCUCAAACUUCAUCAACUGAGUCCCGAAGAAUACGCCGCAUAUGUUGCGGAUCCGUUCGAGGUCGAAAUACUACUGAACAUCGAACCUGCUGAUAUCCUCAAUUUCCUUCAGCUCUAUCAUCCAUCCGCUCAAGCCGAAACCGUUUCGUCCCCAAUGCGGGGCAUGAUUCAGCUUCUCCAUAUUUCUAAUACUCCUGAAGAAAAGAGUGCUCUCACCGCAGAAGAGCGACGGGAGUGGCAACGUGCCGUACGGGAACGGAACAAAGAGAAAUCGCAAUCGCAAUCGGAGUCCGAGUCUGCGCCACAACGGGAGUCGGUUUGUGGGUUUAUCAAUGUGAAUAUGAUGAUUAAAGGCAGCCUGGAGGGGAACAGACGAUCGUCAGUGUCUAAAUGCGAAUUCAAUUCACCUUUCCUUGACUAUGUCCGAAACGAUCAACCUUUCAUUACACCUCUCUUCCGCGGUGCUGGAUUGUUGAUCAACACGCCAAUGGACGCAUUCUCGUACAUGGAGUACAUCAACACCUUGAUUCGGUCUGACGAGCAUAACGAAUGGUCUUUGCAUACUAAGAUGUCCGGCCAUGACAAGGACAUUUAUCGAUUCGCAGCAUCUCCUCUGGCGGACCCUACCACAAACCUUGUCGGUUCUCUUCUGUCACGUCUCAUUACCAAAGUAUUCGUCGAACACGUUCGUGCCAAAGUUGAACGCGAGAGAAUCUACUAUCUCGCAGCAGUAGCCGCAGGGUUCUCUUUGGACGCGUUGUAUCGUGGGCCUGCGAUAGAGGCAAUGACUUUGCGAGUUGAGGCUGAUCGAAACCGGGUCGAAGGCAAAACAGCGGUUGUCCGAGUUCCAGAACAUCCGAUUAAUUAG